AUGCAGGAGACAUCGCCCUGCAGUCUGCGGGAAAAGGGCAACAAGUUUUUUGAGGCGCAGCAGUUUGCUGCUGCAGCUGAAUGCUAUGCAGAGGCGUUGGACAAAAUCAAGGCAGAUUUGGACAGCUCUGAGGAUCUGCAGAUACCUGUUCGGCUAAACUUGGCCGCAAGCUUGCUGCGCACAGGAGCUCGCAUUGAGGAGGUCGAAGAUCUUUGCAGCGAAGUGUUGGCGCUGCAGCCAUCCAAUGCUAAGGCGCUCUUCCGGCGGGGCUGCGCGCGGCAGAUCCUUGCCAAGCGCGAGCUUCAUGCCUCAGAUGUUUAUCAAGCGCGGUUUGGACCGGUGGUCCUCGGGAAUUCUCGGCAGAGUCUUAUGGUCGCAGGGGUGACGGGCGUCCGAUGCUGCAAGCUGCCAAGCCCGGCGCCAGACUUCACGAGUGAGUCUCUGGGGCUUCCAGUGCGCCAGGAAGGAUCUCUUGCAAGCUGCGAAGCUGGAGCCGCAGAACCGUCAGGUCCGUUUGGCACUGAAGGAGCUCCAAGAGGCUCUCGCAGAGCAGCUUGA